AGUGAACAAGUCCUUUCCCUGGAGAUCUAACACUCACACUCCGGAUCAGCAGUGUUGAAUUAAGACUGGGAGGUAAAUCUGUACAGGAGCAGCUUCACUCAUCACAGCUUUCCAUUAAGGGUUUUUAUUUUCUAUCAGCUUUGACCAUGAAGACACAAGGUGAAGCUCAGCUGAAUGGAGUUUCAGUUGCUGGAGCUUCUGAUGCUCCAUCAAGCUCCAGCUCUGUGUGUGGAUGUUGUGGAUGUGGAGGAUGUGCGAGGAAACUGCGGAGCUGCAUCCCUGUCCGUUACAAAGAGGAAACCAUAGAGUUACUGAAAUUAGCCGGACCUGUGUUUAUUUCCCAGAUGAUGAUCUUCAUGAUCAGCUUCGUCAGCACUGUGUUUUGUGGCCACUUGGGGAAAACGGAGUUAGCCGGUGUUGCUCUGGCUAUAGCUGUCAUUAAUGUCACAGGCCUGAGUGUUGGUACAGGUUUGUCGUCCGCGUGCGACACACUUAUCUCUCAGACGUUUGGUAGUAAUAACCUCAAGCGUGUUGGAGUGAUCCUACAAAGGGGGGUCCUCAUCCUCCUGCUUGCCUGCUUCCCCUGCUGGGCCGUCCUGAUCAACACCGAAUCCAUCAUGCUGGCUGUCAGACAGAGCCCCAAGGUGGCCAGUCUCUCACAGCUGUAUGUAAAGAUAUACAUGCCUGCUCUGCCUGCUGCUUUUAUGUACCAGUUGCAAUCAAAAUAUUUACAGAAUCAGGGUAUAAUAUGGCCUCAGGUGAUCACAGGGGCUGCUGGAAACAUCCUGAACGCUUUGAUAAACUAUAUCUUUCUUCAUUUGCUUAAUCUGGGUAUAGCAGGUUCUGCCACGGCUAAUUGCAUUUCUCAGUUCGCCUUAGCUGUGUUUCUUUACGUCUACAUUCUCUGGAAAGGGCUGCACAAGGCCACGUGGGACGGCUGGUCUCGGGACUGCCUGCAGGAGUGGGGUCCCUUCUUUCGUCUUGCUUUACCUAGCAUGCUAAUGCUGUGUGUGGAGUGGUGGACUUAUGAGAUUGGAGGAUUCCUGGCAGGUCUGAUCAGCGAGGUUGAGUUAGGAGCGCAGUCUGUUGUGUAUCAGUUGGCCACUAUCGCGUACAUGUUUCCUCUUGGCUUCGGUGUGGCAGCCAACGUGAGAGUUGGAAAUGCUCUCGGAGCAGGAAACACACAACAGGCGAAACUUUCCAGCCAGAUGUCACUGAUCAGUGGACUCACGGUCUCGUGUUUUGUUGGUGCUGCAAUAACUGGAAGCAAGGAUAUUAUUGCGUACAUCUUUACCACUGACACAGAAAUUGUGGAGAAAGUUUCAGGAAUCAUGGUGAUGUACGGAGGUUUCCAUCUUUUUGACGCGGCUUCGGGGAUUACAGGUGGUAUUGUGAGAGGUGCAGGAAAGCAGCUGCUCGGUGCUGGUUGUAUGAUAGUGGGUUAUUAUUUUGUUGGAAUCCCGAUCGGAGUGUCGCUCAUGUUCGUGCUUAAAAUGGGAUUAGUGGGUCUGUGGACUGGUUUGUUUGUGUGUGUCCUCUUGCAGUCUAUUUUCUUCCUUGUUUUAAUUUAUAAACUUGACUGGAAACGUGCCACUGAAGAGGCCCUGAAAAGAGCAGGAGUACAAACAGCUGAAGCCAAACCUGAAUCCUACGCUUUAGAAAACGUGUGUGCAGAUGAAGAUGUACGACGUAUGGAAUCCCAACCCAGGGAAGGAGAGCAGACUGAUGUGGAGGCUAAAGUGGAAAACAAUGAAGAAAGAUCUGUAGAGAAUGGAGUGGCGGAAAACAAUGAAGAAAGAUCUGUAGAGAACGGAGUGGCGGUCACAAUGGGUGAUGUUCUGACCACCAAGCAGCUGAUUGUUCGUCGAGGGUUGACUGCUUUACUGAUGAUACUAAUACUCGCCGCUGGGAUCACGCUAAACGAGAUUCUCACAGGCCUCCUGAGAUGAGAACGACGCAAUAAACCCAAAGCCAAAACGUUACCUUUCUCAGCAAAUAUUUUGACAUCCAGGGAGGGCAGAAAUAUUAGCCUGAGGGUCAGACUCUCUGUAGGAAAAUGAAAAUAAAGAGCAAUGCAAUAAGCCAAACUAAGGGCUGACGGCAAACUGUACCUUGGUCAGAUCGUAUCACGUUAACCGUUCAAGUCCUUCUUUUUAAAUGAACUCAUAUCAAUAUUAAUAAUUAAACCAAAGAAUUUGUAGCUACAAUUGUUUAUUGUAAAUAUUCCAUACGAAUGUUUUUUAAAUAACAACUUGUAUUAUGGAAAAAGGGUAAAGAGUCUGACAGUGAUUUAUCAGAUCUAUGCAGAAUCAGACUCAAGACCAGACCCUCAGGGAUCCUGCAAUGUGCAAUAUAAUGGGUUUGAUUUUAAGCAGGAAUGGAAAAGGACAUCGUUUCCUUUGGACCGAUGCCUUUAUUUCACUUACAGACUCCAUUAUCAAUAUUUAAACUCCAUCACUGAGAUUAGACACACAGGAUGUAGGAUUGUUAAACCUGCCAUGUAGGCACUAACCCCCCUGAGAGAUGCUUUUAUCACAAAUACAUCUGAAUGCACACACACACACACACACACACACACACACACACACACGAUUCUCAGCAAUACAAUAAUAGCAACUGUUCCUGUUCUGACUCAAUGACUCACCAAAAAAAAUUAUUUUGGAUAUUAAAAGACAUUAUUUUAAUAUUUGUGUUAAUUAACACAAGUCUGAAUUCAAUCAUAUUUUAGCUACAAAGUGGGGAAAAAACAGACUCCUCCAUGUUAAUGUUUUGUUAGCAACAAGCGAGCAGGUUAGCAUUUGUGAAGGAUGAACACUACAGUAAAUGCUUCUCUAAACUUGUUUCAAAGUAAUCAAGCAAUAUCUGACAUGAGGAGAAAUUCCUUUACAAAUUUCAAAUCAGUAAAUCCUAGCUUAGUAUUAACAGGAUGCAGCUUUAGUAGCAUGGCUAACUAGUAGUGUUAAUUUCGCCAGACGAGACGAGACGAAAUACUGUAUGUUCAACAACCUUUUUUUCAUGACUAAGACGAGACGAUGACGAGACUGCACCACUGUCCAAAAACGCUGACUAAGACUAAAUUAACAUGUAUUAUUGUUGACGAAAAAAGACGAGACGAUGUUUUGUAUAAAAUAAAAACUAAGAUAAAAUCUCUCUUCAUUUUCGUCUACAAUUGUCUCUGCUUUUUCAUCAGCUGUUACGCCUUUAAAAUAUUCACAACGAGUUCGCGGCUUCGCUGUUGCUCAAGUUACAGGUCCGUGAAGCGGAUCCCGCUUAUUAUAUUGCUA